AGAAGGAGGGGCAGAGCUUGAAGUCACGCCUUCCCGUCCCAGCAGCCCGAUUCUCCAAGGUAGGUCUGACACCACAGCAGGACAGGCACGGAAAGAUACAGCUUUAAACUCAGAGCUGCUAAGGAUGAAGCUGGAAAUGGCCCUGGCCACAGCCCUAGCUCUGGCUGUGGUGUCCUGGACAGAGGCGUUUUUCCCUAAGGAGGCCCACGCCCUCAACUGGGGCAAGUUUUCAGGCUUCUGGUACAUUAUUGCCAUCGCCACGGACACCCGGGGGUUCUUGCCGGCUAGGGACAAGAGGAAGCUGGGGGCGUCUGUGGUGAAGGUGCACAAAACAGGACAGCUCAAGGUGGUCAUCGCCUUCAGCCGGCCUCAGGGGUGUCAGUCCAUGGAGACGACCCUGAAGAAGGAUAGAAAGAAGCCUGUGUUCAGGAAUACCUUGAAGGGGAUAAAGGGUUUCCAUGUGCUGUCCACCGACUACACGUACGGCCUGGUCUACCUCCGCUUGGGCCGUGCAGGCAACAACUACAAGAGCCUGCUGCUCUUCAACAGACAGAACAUCUCCAGCUUCCUGAGUCUGCGAGAGUUCCUGGACACGUGCCAUAUCCUGCGGCUCACCAAGCAGGCCACCAUUCUUCCGAAAGACGGUACUACACAGCCUCGGGCUCUUAUUGUCAUGUCCCCCAUUCUGCCCCAUGAAACAGCUGGUUCACGUAGGAAAUGUGGGUGCGUGUGUGUGCAUGUGCAUAUGUGUGUGUGCAUGUGUGUGUGUGUGCAUGUGCAUAUGUGUGUGCAUGUAUGUGUGUGUGUGUGCCUGUGUGUGUGUGUGCAUACCCGUGUCUGGCCACGUGGUCUGCAAAGUCAACUGAGAAGAUGCCUAGAUGUCCUCAUCCCCGGUGCCUGUGGGCUUCCUGCCAGCAUUGGGUGUGCAGCGUCCCCAGCAGACCGAGACAGCUCCCAGAGCAUACAGACUCCAGUCGACACUCCAAAUGGAGACCACACAGCUCUACCCUCUUUAGAGUCCAGGGCAACCAGGGCAAGGAGCCUCAUAUGAAUUCAUGACAGAGGUGGCUGCCAGGCCCCUCAGCACCGUGUUCUUGCCCACAGAUUCCUGUGCACACACAAUCCUGCCGUGACAGCCAGUCAUCCUCCGCUCACCCCUUUGCCUUGAGAGUCUUCCAGAUGCUGGAAUGCUGUUCCAGGUGGUGGCUGUGGCAUUCAGUGGGUGUUGGGUGACUGUAGCCCAGUGAUGACUGACUGCACAGAGCCCGAGCUGUGACUGCUGCCUUUGCAUCCUCCAAUCCCAGCAAACUCCCACCUGCCUGGCCAAGUCUGACGCUCACCCUCACUUCACCCUGGGGAGGCUGAGCAUAGACCAUAGGCUCAUCCCAUUUUGUUCCUUUCUUUGAAACUGGGCUUCUUUAUUUUGGGAGCUAGAGAGAUGGCUCAGUGGUUAACAGUGCAUACUGCAAGAGAACUCAAGUUUCGCCCCCAGCGUCCAUAUUGAGGGUCUCACAAACACCUGUAACUGCAGCUCCAGGGGAUCCAACAGCCUCUUCUGGCCUUUGUGGGCAUUGCACACACACACACACACACACACACG